AUGGAAUUUGUCGUAGAUAAAGUCUCCGAGGAUUCAUUCUACGAAAAUUUAUUAAUCGGGUUACCUAAAGUCUUAGAAAAAUUGCCAAGCGUUUCCGAUUUGUACUUAGAGCGGUUUUCCCCGGUUCAACACAACAAUAUUUGUGCCUGGGAGCAAAAACAUGGUGUUUUAUUACCCGAAGACUUGCGCUCUUUUUAUGCCUCAACUAAUGGUUUGUUAUAUACAUAUAAUUUCUAUUACAGAGAUUCUGGGUCCGAGGAGGAUAAAGUUGUAGGCCUAAUAGAAGUCAAUAGUUUAAAUGACUUGGCCCCUGUGUAUGGCUAUGAGAUGAAGUCCGACCCUGGAGUAAAUAUCGAAGAUGACCACUACGAGUUAAAGCUUGGGACCGAUAGUAAAGUUUUUGAGUUGGUCAAUUUGAACGAUAAUGGACGAGUGACUGUGGUUUACAUAAACCACCGUUAUUUGCCGACUAUUUGGCUUCACAACUCUUCAAUGAAGUUCAGUUUUCUUGCUGAUGAUUUUACAACUUACCUUCGGAUGUGUGUGCACCACUUGGGAAUUCCCUUCUGGCAAUUCUCAUUCAGUGGAGAAGGGAUUCCGGAAUGGAGCGAAAACAACUAG